GCUUGACUUCGCAUCUCAUGCGCGCAUGUACCACUUACUCAGAGGCCUUCAUGAAUAUCUGACGCGGUAUGUAGACCUUUGGUGGCAUCCCUUUUGGCUCAUUUGAUAUAGCAAGGAAGAAUUCUCGGUCAUCAUCAUCGGCCUCGACGGAGCGGGCAAGACGACUCUUCUGGAAAAGAUCAAGACGCUGUACAACGACACUCCUGGCCUUUCCCCGGACAAGAUAGGGCCGACGGUUGGCCAAAACACGGGCACUAUCACGCUUCCGUCCACUAUUCUCCAAUUUUGGGACUUGGGUGGGCAACGCGGAAUACGAAACAUCUGGCACCGGUACUACGAGGACUGCCAUGCAGUUGCAUAUGUCAUUGAUGCGGAGGAUCGAGAGCGGUUGGGAGAGGGCUGGGAAGUCUUUGACUCGGUGCUCUCUGCGCCGCAAAUCCUGAAUAUACCCCUUCUGCUCAUCGCGAACAAGCAAGACUCCCCUCAGGCUCUGUCAGUCGAGGAGAUCCGACAGGACUACGAGGAAUGGCACCAACGCAAGAUCGAAAGUGCCCGGCGCAACGCCCGCUCCGGCGAUGCAGACAUUGAACGCCGGGAACGAAUUGCAAGCUUAGACGUCAUGGGUAUCAGCGCCGUAGAGGGCACCGGUGUCAAAGCGGCGGUGGAUUGGUUGUUUAUACGUGUCCAAAACAGUCGCAGGGAUCCGCAAAAGGGCUUCAGUUGAGGUGCUCGUUGUGCUGAAUCCCAGUCAUCAUUGGGUCCUUGGCCAGCGGAGGGUACAAUAGAUAUAUACCUCCGGGAAAUCUAUAGGUGCUUUCGCUCACAAGUGGACUUCGCAAAUGAACAGCCAAUCAAUAUAGAUCAUAUGUGCUGGGAAGACCAUGUCUUUUCGACAGAAUCUAAACUGAUCAUGACCUGGCAGUAAUCAGUGGCAGUGCCGCGCUAUCAAUCAUUCCGCACCUCUGUCCACACGCCAAUGCCUUAUCACAGCUCUGUCAGCUCUCUCACCCUGCGUGUUGGCGGACAACGGCCAUGACUGAGCUGGCUUCCCUACCCGUUUACCUCGAGCCGCCUUCCUACGACGGACCAACUGUCUCUGCUCUGGUCCAAUCUGAUGCUCAUCAACAGGAUGACUUACCCGCAUAUACUCGGCGCUCCGGACCCGCCCCAACCCCCGCAGCAACUCCUCCACCUCUGGAAUUCAGCCACGUGCUGAAGAAGAACGGGACGGUAUGGGCGACUCUGGUCAUAAAAGGCGACGGGCGAUUGACGAAGAACUUCCCUACGAUCGUUGAGGGGGCGUGCCUGGAGGGCGCCGUGAAGUUGGCGUUGGCCGCGGCGGAGAGUAUCUUCGGAGUUUACGUCCACGUCAAGGGGGAGAUUAUCAAUGGAGGGCCUGCAGCGGUACCGAUUGCAUUCCUCGAUAUCAAGCACUGUAUCUGGUCUGCAUCCGAGGGCGAUCCGAAUGCAGGGUCUUCAACAUCAGCCCCGUCGUCAUCUGUGAAGCUCAAGGGCGCGUAUGAGUGGCCGUUUGCAAUACGCAUACCAACGACCGUUACGUACAAAGAUGGGAGCCAAUACAGGUUGCCGCACACCUACCUGGACAAGCUGGCGUUCUUCAGUGUACGGUAUACCGCCGAGUUGCGAGUCGUGCGAGGAAAGCUGAGAUUGAAUGAUCGGACUCUUUGCAAUUUUGGGUACUUUUCGAUGCAGCAGCCCGGCGAGCCAUCUGCUCUGCGAAUGCUAGCGUAUCAGGAGAAUAGCCCGUUGCUGGGUCCAGAAGCUGAUCCCGAGGGCUGGGUGUCCGUUCCUUUCACCGCAACAGGCAGUCUAUUUUCGACGCGUGACGUCACGGUUGAAUACAAACUCUGGCUGGCCAAACCGCUUUGCUACACGCGAUCAGCAUCGAUUCCGUGUGCACUGACAGUCGAAUGCACCGACUUGCAAGCACUGGACGUCCUUUCUGCCGUUCAAGCCCCUUCGAUCUACCUUGAACGCCAUGUGCAAGAGAACUCGGCCGGGUUCAAGAGUGUGACAGAAGUCUGUGGCGUCGCGACGUUUUGGGUGUCGCCGGAAGGUGCUCCGCCUAUUCCUGGGGAUGUUGCCAACGACACCCGCCGGCAGCUGAUGGGGGAGAUCCACCUGCGGCCGAACCUGCAGCCAACAUCGAAGGUUUUUGAGUUUCUAGUUGAGUAUGCGGUUGUCGCCUUUCCUCCUACCGCGGCUGGCUUCCGGACGGAUCACAAGGCGCCGCUCGCGCGACGAGAGGUAGAGAUCACGACACGGUAUGCGCCCGGGCCGCGGCACAUCACGCACAGCAAGCCGGUGUAUGACCAGCCCCAAGUGAAUGCGAUUGUGGAUUACUAUUAUUACAACAUGGUGCUGCUGAAUGCGACGGGCAGAGCAAGGGGAAGAGGAUUUAAAGGCGGUUUUACUUGAUGUGGUUUGCCUGUACGACCCGUUCAUGCGCUUUGUUUAAUUGGAUCUCCAUAGAAGACAGGCGUCGAGCAGGCCGAGCGAACAUCUUGAUACUGAUGUUCUAUCCGUUGUCACGUGAACCGCGCCGUCGGCCCGCGUGGCGGUGUUGAAGUGUUUGAGCCUUGACCUGGACCUUCAAAUGUCAUCAUGGCCCUCCUCUAGACCUUUCUUGCACAUACGCGUUUCGAGGGUUACACGGAAUUCGUCAUCCCCGAGACAGCGAUCCCUUCUCUGAUCUUCUUUCAUGCAAUCCAGUGUCGGCAAAAACUGCAACAGAACGUGAACAGAAAUCCGGGUCAAGAUAGAACCGUGGUGCCAAGUGUGAUUACCAUUGGGCCUUGGUUUCUUGGAGUCUGGAUUGCGCUGAGAUGAUUUGGUUUUGCCGCGGGUUGUUGGGACUGGUUUCCAUGGCGGGCCGUCUUUUCUGUGUAUUUAAUCAGUGCAUAGGAGAGUCUGGACUUCAGCGGUCUUUCCCUCACUCCCUCCAUCCCAGAGCCCUAGUUGGCCACCUUCAUCGACUUUCUCUCUUGUUCAGUCAGGCCCGGUCGCCUUUCGAUUUUCAUUCAUUCAUUCAUUCGUGCUUCACCUACCUAACUUUGCAACACCACUACGAUGAGGUCUGCUACUUCUUUCAUUGCGCUGGCGAGCCUGGCUGCGGGUGUGCGUGGUCACGCCGUGAUCUCUGCGGUACUGGGUGCCAAUGGGGUGCAAACCCUCGGCAUGGGCGUCACGAAUACCGUUCCGCGUACGGGCACAACGGAACAACCGUUUCAGCUGGACACACCUGUGCUCAAGAACCUCAAGGACGAUCCCUGCGGUGCGACUCUCCUCGCGGGCAGCGUCAACAUCCCUGCGGCCAUGACCGCGGCUCUGGCACAGGGUGGCGGAGCGCUGCCUUCGUUCGCAGCGGACGGCUCCAUCCAAUUCACCCUGCACCAGGUCAACGCUGAUGGUGGAGGCCCUUUCACUGCCAUGGUCAACACCGAUGCUACUGGUGCAUCCUGGAUCCCGGCAAGCGUCCUCGUCCAGGCGCCGGGCAUCAAUGGUAUCCUCCACGGUGGACCGGCCGAUGUGCCGUUCACGGCGCAGAUCCCUGCUGGCACCAAGUGCACGGGUGGCGCUGACGGUGCGACAUGUUUGAUCCGACUCAACAACGGAGGAACAAACAACUCCCUGUCACUCGCCCAGGGCGCUGGUCCCUUCGGCGGUUGCGCGGCUGUCACGCAGGCUGGAGGUGCUGCUGCUGCAGGAGGUGCUGCGGGUGCCGCCGCCGCUGGUAACGCCGCUGGUGCCGGUGCCGCCGCUGCGGGUGCUGCCGGAACUGCUGGUGUUGCUGGUGCCGCUGGUGCUGCUAGUGUUGCAGGCGCUGCUGGUGCCGCCGGUGCCGCGGCUGCUGCUGCUGGAAAGAAGGCUGGCAAAGGCAAAGGCAAGGGUCGCAAGGGCGGCCGUGCCAUGUCCCGUCACUUCUACGGAUCGAUCGAGGAGCGCGCUGCUGCUGUCGAGUCUUUCCGCCGCUCGCGCAUCCUCGACGACAUUGCGUUCUUGGUCUCGCGCGGAGAAUUGACCACUGAUCUUAUCGACGAGAUCAAGACCGCCACUGGCACCGCCAUCGAUAUCCCCAUUGACAUGCUCGCCGGUCAGAACGACGCUGCUGAUCUCGGCGGCAACUCCUCCACCGCUGCCAACGCACCCAUCACACUCCAACAGGCGGUCGAUCUCAAAAAGGCUGUCCAGGACGCCAUCGCCACCGCCCUCAACGUCCUGUCCUCCGGCGGCAAGGUCGUUGCCGUCAAUGGUCUCCCCCUCGCUCAGACCGGUGCGGCUAACGCUGAGGCCGAUGCUGAGCUCGCCUCUGGCCAACUCACCUCCAUCAACGCCGGCAACGCCGGUGUCGGUUUCUUCCAGACCGCCGCCGUCGACUCUCUGCUCGGACCGCUGGCGAGCGUCCAGGGCCAGUCGACCGCCACGAUUGCCGCUGCGGGUAACCUGAACCCGCCCGCGGCGACUGCCACGGCUGUUGCUGUUAACGGUGCAGCAGCUGCUCCCACUGCUGCGCCCGCUGCCGCCAACGGAACGGGCCGAGGGGGAAGGAAGGGUGGCAAGUUCGGCGGCAAGUUCGGCGGCAAGAGGCCUGCCAUGAAGAACCGCAUGACUUUUGACUAGACUCGUUUCAUGUUGUUGUAUAGUAGUACAUACUUGGUAGGAAAUGGAAAUCAUUGGCCUGGGAUCCAAUAUCGCUUGUGUGAGCACCUCAUGUUUUAGACUCGAUCAGACUCGAACAAGUAGUGGUUUGUUCACACUAGUUCAAACAUGACGAAAUUACAGUCAUCAUCUUGACCUGUCAGUGUAGAUGCUGGAUUCGAGUCUAGCACUCGCUGCAAUUCAACGCGUUCCUCGAUGACAGCAUGCGUUCCAAUGUCUUGCAAGCCCUGUAUGGAGAAAUGCAUAUGCUGUAUUUCUACGCCACUCAGAGACCCGUCGCUGGCGGCGCGACCUUGGUGACCAUAAACAUGGGUAUGUACGCUGCUAUGAGCGCCGUCACACACAAU